CGGAGCUCGGCAGUAGCCGCCAGCCCCGGGGUAUGCGGGUGAGCGGGAGAGGAACGCGGAGGAAGGCGGAGAGCGGCGGGGAGCGGGGCGAGGGAGCCCGGCCGAGCCCUCCCGAGCGGCGGAGGAUGCGCCGAGCCCCGGGGAGUCGAGCCCAGCUGCAGCGCGGCGCGUCCCGCCCGGCCGCCGCCCCAGCCCGCGCAGCCCCCUGUGCCCGGGAGCCAUGAGCCGCCCUCAGCGCCCGCAGAGCCACCGGAGCAGCCCCCUGGCCGCAGCCCCCCAGCACUCUUAGGCUUCCCUGCCCCCCUGGAAGGUGCUCAUCGCUGGCGAGGAGAACCGGCUGCGCCCGCACCCAGUCUCCCGCAGCCCUGCCAAGGUUAUUUGCCUCACCAGCAGGUCCUUGUAGGAUUUCAGCUCUGUGCAUGAGUGGAAAGCAGAGGAGAGGCCAAAGCCCAGUGCACACCUGGCAUCUGAUCCCCCAGCAUCCUGCCUUCAUCUGACCCAGGUGAGAGAUAGGAUGGUAGCUGGGGAGGCGAGUAUGCGCAGCCCAAUCCUGGCCUGCUGGCAGCCGAUUCUCCUCCUGAUGCUGGGAUCCAUCCUGUCCGGCUCUGCCACAGGCUGCCCGCCGCGCUGCGAGUGCUCUGCCCAGGAGCGCGCCGUCCUGUGCCACCGCAAGCGAUUCAUGGUCGUGCCAGAAGGGAUCCCCACCGAGACCAGGCUGCUGGACUUGGGCAAGAACCGCAUCAAGACACUCAACCAGGAUGAAUUUGCCAACUACCCUCACCUGGAGGAGCUGGAGCUAAACGAGAAUAUUAUCAGUGCCAUUGAACCUGGGGCUUUCAACAACCUCUUCAACCUCAGGACGCUGGGGCUCAGGAGUAACAGACUCAAGCUGAUCCCCUUGGGGGUGUUUACUGGACUCAGCAACCUUACCAAGCUAGACAUUAGUGAGAACAAAAUUGUGAUCCUCCUAGACUACAUGUUCCAGGACUUGUACAACCUGAAGUCUUUGGAGGUGGGGGACAACGACCUUGUCUACAUCUCCCACCGGGCGUUCAGUGGCCUCAACAGCCUGGAGCAGCUGACCCUGGAGAAAUGCAACCUGACCUCCAUCCCCACGGAGGCCCUGUCUCACCUUCAUGGCUUGAUCGUGCUGCGGCUGCGCCAUCUGAACAUCAACACCAUUCGGGAUUACUCAUUCAAGAGGCUGUACCGGCUCAAGGUCCUCGAAAUCUCUCACUGGCCCUACCUGGAUACUAUGACAUCCAACUGCCUCUACGGGUUGAACCUGACCUCCUUGUCCAUCACCCACUGCAACCUGACGUCCAUCCCGUACGUGUCGGUGAGGCACUUGGUUUACCUCCGGUUCCUGAACCUGUCCUAUAACCCUAUCGUCACCAUUGAAGGCUCAAUGCUCCAUGACCUGCUCAGGCUCCAGGAGAUCCAGCUGGUGGGAGGGCAGCUCACCACGGUCGAGCCCUUUGCCUUCCGCGGCCUCAAUUACCUGCGCAUCCUGAACGUGUCAGGGAACCUGCUGACCACCCUGGAGGAGUCAGCUUUCCACUCAGUCGGCAACCUGGAGACGCUCAUCCUCGACAACAACCCCUUAGCCUGCGACUGUCGGCUGCUCUGGGUUUUCCGGCGGCGAUGGAGGUUGAAUUUCAACAAGCAGCAGCCCACCUGCGCCACCCCUGAGUUUGUCCAGGGCAAGGAGUUCAAGGACUUCCCUGAUGUCCUCCUGCCCAACUACUUCACCUGCCGCCGAGCACGAAUACGGGACCGAAAACCUCAGCAGAUCUUUGUGGAUGAAGGCCACACGGUGCAUUUUGUCUGCCGGGCAGAUGGGGACCCGCCACCCACCAUCAUGUGGCUCUCUCCCCGGAAGCACCUCAUCUCUACCAAAACCAACGGGCGGCUCACUGUCUUCCCUGACGGCACGCUGGAGGUGCGCUACGCCCAGAUCCAGGACAAUGGCACCUACCUAUGCAUCGCCAGCAACGCAGGUGGCAACGACACCAUGCUGGCCCACCUGCACGUGCGCAGCUACUCCCCAGACUGGCCCCACCAGCCCAACAAGACCUUUGCAUUCAUCUCCAACCAGCCCAACGAGAGCGAUGCCAACAGCACGCGCGCCACCGUGCCUUUCCCCUUUGACAUCAAGACUCUCAUCAUCGCCACCACCAUGGGCUUCAUCUCCUUCCUGGGCGUCGUGCUCUUCUGUCUGGUGCUCCUCUUCCUGUGGAGCCGGGGGAAAGGCAACACCAAGCACAAUAUUGAAAUCGAGUACGUGCCACGGAAGUCCGACGCGGGCAUCAGCUCUGCUGACGCACCGCGCAAGUUCAAUAUGAAAAUGAUUUAACCAGGCAACAAUUUGCAAAUAAUAAUGGUGUUGUUUUGUUUUUUUAAAAAAAAAGAACAAAUGAACAAAUAAAAAAUAAUUAACAAACAUUGCUACAAACAUACCGACCUCUCUCCUUCCACCGUGCCCCUCUGCCCCUGUCCAAACCCACUGCGCCCGCACUGUCACCACCUCCUUCUCCUCCUCUUCUUCUUUAUACCAGGAAAACAUUCAGCUGAUGUCUUCAGGACUCCUGUGUUUGUAAGGACUUUGUCUGAUGGACUCUGGUGUCAGAUAUAACUCUGAGAGGGGAAAAACAAAGGGGUGGGGGGGAAAAGAAAGAAAAAAGAAAUAAAAUCAAUAAAAAAGUUACGAACUUUCUUCUGUAACUUUGAUUUCAAUAAUUAUGGAUUUUUAUGAAAACUUGAAAUAAUAAAAAAACCCUAUUUCCUAUA